UUAAGUUCGAAAUGCCGAAAGAAAGGCGGCGCACGAUUGUCGGACGCGACUCGUACGCGUUAGAUUAACGCGUCGAAUCAUCAAUACAGAUCAUCCCGUGUAUCUUUAACUACGAAUUCUCGCGUUUCGAUUUCUUCCUGAAACAGUUCUGGGUUUUCAACAACGGGAAUUAGUGUUUUUGUGUUAACAAAACAAUGGGGAAGGAUAAAGAUAAACACCAAGAUGGCGAGAAAGGGAUUUUCUCACAAUUAGCUCAUGGGUUAAGUGGAUAUCCUCCAGGGCAACACGCUCCAUCACAUGGUGGAUACCCCCCACAAGGCUACCCACAGGCAGGAUACCCACCGCAAGGCUACCCACAGGCAGGAUACCCACCACAAGGCUAUCCACAGGCAGGAUACCCACCACAAGGCUACCCACAGGCAGGGUAUCCCCCUGGUGCAUAUCCACCUGCUGGUCCAUCUGCUUCACAUCAUUCAGGUCCAGGCUUGGGCUCAAUGCUAGCCGGGGGCGCUGCAGCAGCAGCUGCUGCUUAUGGUGCGCACCAUAUAUCACACGGCAGUCACAAUCUUCCACAUGGUGGUUACCAACAUGGUCAGGGUUAUGGUGGUUACCAACAUGGUCAGGGUCAUGGUCAUGGGAAAUUUAAGCAUGGAAAAGUUAAGCACGGGAAAUUCGGCAAGCAUGGCAAGGGCCAUGGUAUGUUCGGGGGAGGGAAGUUCAAGAAGUGGAAGUGAUCCUCUGCUCCUUAUAGAUGCAUGUCGGCUCUACAGUUGCUGAUCCUGGCUUUUACUAAUAAAACAAAGACUUUAAUGUUAAGUAGGCUUUCCUUUCGCUGUCCUUUCUGGACUUGUUGCCUUCUAUGGUUGUCUUAUAGUGCUUGCCUACCUUGGCAAAAUAUUUUAUAUCUAAAGUGACCAUCCAGGAGUUGUGCUAAAAUGAUCAUCCUCAUGGAGCUUAUGUGCUGAAUUUUAUUUAAAGCAGUAAGUUUUAUUUUAA